GAUAUUGUCAAGUUCAGAGUGGCCUACAUCCUUCAGAUCUAUGCAGCUUUUUAUCUCCAUACUCUCUUCAGCAGGGAUAACUUAGAACAGAAUAUCAAGCAAGAAGAAGUGAGCGAAGAGCAGAAAAAGGAAGCUUUCCGGCAUCUCGGUUUUAACAUCAUCGCAAUAUUAUUUGUGACGUUAUUGCUUUUAAACAGCGUAUUUCCAGGUGCAGCAGAACGCAUACUCCGAAAGGCUGUAACAACAGGUGACGUCCCCGAAGCUGACAUAUCAAACAGCUUAUUGGUCCUAUUCAUGUCGUUUAAUGACUCACCAGAAGAACUCCAUAGACUUCAUACGGAGGCCUACGAAGUCUUAAGCCUGUGGGAUGAUAUGUUACUGGAAGGCAGAAAUAUUGUUAAAGGAAUCGUUUGCGAAGCAGAUGCGAACGCUGUCGAGCAGCCAGUAUCAAACCAUCAAAAUGGGAAUAGUGGCAAGGAGCCUUCCGUUCCAGCCGCCAAUCAUGACGAGUCCGUAAACAGCAGUACCCCACACUUUGCUUGA